AUGGCUGACACCAAUGUCAAUAAUGAGCGUUCGCUCCCUGAUGAAUCUGCUGAAACAAUUCGACUGCGGAACCUUGACGCGCUCGUGCGCGAUCAAGAUGAUCUGGAACGAAAUGUAGGACGAGAGGCGGACAGGCUUCUUUUCGAGCAGGCCAACCAUAGAGACCAACAGCGUCUCGACAAGGCCAAAUCUCAGAAGGAAAAGCUGCGGAAUCAGAUUCGCAAAACUCGUGAUGAAAUCAGUCGCCCGAUCGGGACCACUCAGCGAGCACGGCGACGCCUUGAUAUUGAUCGAAUGCAGGGCCAGAUCCAGGAUCUGGACAAUGAUAUCACCGAGAUCGAGGACAGAAUGAAUGAGCGCGAGAUGAAUGCUGGUCUGGCAGAUCAACAAAACCCAUCAUCUACGGGACGCUUGCCCCACGAGUCACAGCGCGACUACCUGAUCAGAACCGGGAAAAUCACCCCCUUUUCCAAAUUCGGCCUUUCCACUCACGGCGAGUCGUCUGCAACUCUGCAAGGAGCACUUCUGGAUGCCGAAGAAGAGCCUGAAUUGGAGGAUAUUGAUCCCGACGUAGAAUCCAGGAAGUUCAUGUCCCACCGAAACCUGAGACAGCCAGGGUUUGCCUCCAGUUUUGCCGAUUCAAGUGCCGAGGAAGAGCUAGAAUCUGGUCAACCGCGCAAACGAAGACGAAUUCUAGCCCAUCGUUCCGCUUUCAAGGACGAAGACUCGUACGACGAAGGCUUGGUCGAGGACGAUGUUAUCUCAGAUUCGGAGGAGCAAGAUGAAGCGAUGCCUAGCACUGCCGGCAGACAAAGCAGAGCAUCUCAGAAGGCGGUAGCUCAGGCGAACGAUGAAAUUGAAGAUUUCCGUGGUGUCGAUGAUGGCAACGAUGCCGUCUAUAAGUCGCGGGUGAGGAGAUGGGCUAUGGGAAGACGGCGAGCCCGAAGACGCGCAACUAAUCGAGAAUGCGGAGAUGACCAUCUGAAUUCGGUGGUAGAAGAAGAGCCGUAUCUAUCCCAUCCCGAGAUUGCAGAUGCCGUCUUCGAUGAUGACUACAAGCUUCCUGGAGAUAUCUAUCCUAGCCUUUUCGAUUACCAAAAGACCGGUGUGCACUGGCUUUAUGAGCUGUACACGCAGCAAGUGGGAGGUAUCAUUGGUGAUGAGAUGGGUUUAGGCAAGACUAUUCAAAUCAUUGCCUUUUUGGCCGGUCUCCAUUACAGCAAAAAGCUGGAGAAACCCAUCAUUAUCGUCUGUCCUGCCACGGUUAUGAAACAAUGGGCCAAUGAGUUCCAUCGAUGGUGGCCGCCGUUUCGAGUGACCAUCUUACACUCCUCCGGCAGUGGCAUGGUCAACCUGCGAAGCGAGAGCAGCAAAGAAGAUAGAUUGCUUGAUGUCGAGUGGGAUCCGACUCGAGGAAACCAACCUCUGACCGCUGCGCAAAGGGCGGCCCGGAAAAUUUUGAAGCCAAUCUUGGGACAGGGAGGCGUGCUGGUCACAACCUAUUCUGGCCUGCAGACAUAUGCUCCUCUUCUCAUCCCGGUCGACUGGCAUUAUGCAAUAUUAGAUGAAGGACACAAAAUUCGAAAUCCGAACACCGCAAUCACCAUCUACUGCAAAGAGCUUCGCACGCCUAAUAGAAUUAUUUUGUCGGGCACCCCAAUGCAGAACAACCUCAUCGAACUAUGGUCGCUUUUCGAUUUUGUUUUCCCCAUGCGCCUGGGCACCUUGGUCAACUUCAGAAACCAGUUUGAAAUACCUAUUCGUCAAGGUGGCUAUGCGAAUGCAUCUAAUCUUCAGGUUCAAACAGCCUUCAAGUGUGCAGAGACCCUCAAAGAUGCCAUCAGUCCGUAUCUGCUGCAACGCUUCAAGAUUGACGUCGCGGCGGACUUACCCAAGAAAAGUGAACAGGUAUUAUUUUGCAAAUUGACACAGUUGCAACGGGCUGAGUACAAGCGAUUUAUUGAAUCUGGUGAGAUGGAUGCAAUUAUGAAUGGCAAAAGACAAAUCUUGUACGGGGUCGACCUCCUGCGAAAGAUCUGCAACCAUCCAGAUCUUACCAACCACAGACAACUGUCUACCAAGCCGGGUUACAAUUAUGGCGACCCGUCCAAAUCCGGAAAGAUGCAGGUCGUCGGUUCACUCUUGGAGCUAUGGAAGGAGACCGGUCACAAGACGCUUCUGUUCGCCCAACACCGAAUCAUGCUCGAUAUCCUAGAGAAAUACGUCCGGUCUCUCUCUGGCUUCAAGUAUAGGCGUAUGGACGGCAACACGCCGAUUCAGAUGCGCCAAGGCAUGGUCGACGAGUUUAACACAGACCCGGACCUGCAUGUGUUUCUGUUGACGACCAAGGUCGGCGGCCUUGGAAUAAAUCUGACGGGAGCGGACAGAGUCAUCAUCUUCGACCCGGACUGGAAUCCCUCAACCGACGUGCAGGCCCGAGAAAGAGCCUGGCGCUUGGGUCAGAAGCGAGAAGUGACCAUCUAUCGCCUGAUGACUGCCGGUACCAUCGAGGAAAAGAUUUAUCACCGUCAAAUCUUCAAGCAAUUUCUGACGAAUAAAAUUCUGAAGGACCCUAAACAGCGGCAGACAUUCCACCUCAAUGACCUUCAUGAUCUCUUCACUUUGGGAAAUGAAGGCGAACCCACUGAGACAAGUACACUCUUCCAAGAUGCUCAAGUCAAAUAUUCGUCCAAAGCAGCCGAGGCCCCGGGAGCCACCGAAACAAAGGGGGUGAAGCCACCGGCACCUACCACCGGCGACACCGACAUUAAGGCGUUGCCUGGCAUAUCGUCCAUGGAGCAGUAUGCGGGGGAAAUGGAGGAAGAAGGACGCGCGAACAAGGACGGAGCAACCAAUUCCGAAGACAGGAUGAUGGAAGGUAUCUUUGCACGCUCGGGAAUCCAUUCGGCGGUUGAGCAUGAUGCGAUCAUCGACGGUCACAAAGUCGGAAAGAAGGUUGCUGCAGAUCCGGUUUUGAUAGAGCAAGAGGCUCGCAAGGUUGCAGCAGAGGCUGCCAGAGAGUUGCGGCGUGCCGGCGAUGUCGCCCGGACAGUCCCGAUCGGCACACCUACAUGGACUGGACAAUUUGGUGUCUCGGGCAGACCACAGGAGACUACAGCACAGAAGGCUUUCAGUUCGAAUUCCCGCUCCAGAGGUGGUGGUGUGCAGUCAUCAAGUCUGCUUGCAAAUUUGCAGCAACGUCAGGCGAACAUGGCGAACAGCCGUGAUGUUACACCGAGGACGUCUAGCCCUGCAAGGUCGUCCGGUUCUGCGGCCUCAGCAUCCAGAUCUGGCACGCCAGCUUUGCCGCAAGGCAAGGACUUUGGUAAGCUUAUCCGGGAUUAUCUCACAAGUCACGGCGGCAGUGUCUAUACCCAGAUGCUGAUUGAUCAUUUCAAUCGAUUCUGUACGACUCCUCAGGCGACCAUGGAAUUCAAAGAGACGUUGAAGGUGAUCGCCAGACUGGAGAAGGGAGGAAGAGGGAGAGGCCGCUGGGUGCUGAAGGAUGAAUACAAGAAGUAG